AUGUUCCCAGCAGCCUUUCUCUUUGCCGUCCUCUUCGCCUGCACGCCAGCCGGACGAGGUAGGCCACCUUUGGCCUUCCAGGGAGGAGAGAAGGAAGAGGGCGAUUCAGAGGAAACCCGGGCCCAGGCCUUGAAGAAGCUGCUGGAGGUUUUUGGCAUGGAGGGGGGCCCUCCUCAGUCACCCCAACACAUCAAGCAGCCCCCUCAGUAUAUGGUGGAUCUGUACAACGCCGUGGCCGGAGACGACGGGGUCACCAAAGAUCCUGAUGUUCUGGAAGGGAACACUGUGCGCAGCUUCUUCGAUAAAACCCACAGCGAGAAGCAUUUCUUCUUCCUCCUGUCCAGCGUGGCCAAGAACGAGAAGGUGCUGACAGCCGAGUUGCACCUUUUCAAGCUGCGGGCCAGAGCGGGCCAAGGCGGUCCGGCCGUCCGGAGGCAACACUUUUGCCAGGUGAGUGUUUAUCAAAUCCUGGAUCAGGACCGUCUGGGUUCAACGGAUGGGAGAAAGCUGCUCUCUGCCAGAUUGCUGGCCCUCCACGGAUCUGGCUGGGAGGUCUUUGCCAUCACCCAAGCCGUCCGCGACUGGACCGAGGAGGAGAGGAGCAACCAUGGCUUGCUCGUGACCGUGCAGGCCCUCGGCGGGACCCCCCUGGACGAGAACGCCAUCCAGUUUGCUUCCGGCCGAGACCACCACGAGAGUAAGAAACCUAUGUUGGUCCUGUUCACGGAUGAUGGCCGGCGGGGAGCUGUGCUGCCCAACAACCCCUUCUUAGACCAGCCUCGGGGCAAGGCGCCCCUCCUCCCGCCGCCCUUCGCUGGCCCGAAACCCAACCGGACCCGGAUGUCCCGCUCGGCCGACGGCCCAGCCUGGCCCUGCCAGCGAUACCCGCUCUCGGUGGACUUCGAGGAGAUCGGCUGGUCCGGGUGGAUCAUCUCCCCCCGCAGCUACAACGCCUACCACUGCCGGGGGGCCUGCCCCUUCCCGCUGGGGGAGAACAUGCGGCCCACCAACCACGCCACUGUCCAGUCCAUCAUCCAUGCCCUCAAGCUCAGCCAGGAGGUCCGCGGGCCCUGCUGCGUCCCAGACAAGCUCUUCUCCAUCAACCUCCUCUAUUUCGACGAUGAGGAGAAUGUGGUCCUCAAACAGUAUGACGAUAUGGUGGCUGGCAGCUGCGGGUGCCACUGA